GGACAUUACACGAACCAUGUGGAUUAUAAACAUUUCUCUCCACUCUCAGCUUUUAUGGAUGCGUCGGCACCAACCAAGAUCCAACGCCACAAUGUAUUCAUCUCAGUGAUUACAUGAUUACAUAAAGAGUCUGUUGUUUCUGAGAAGAACCCUUACGUAUUACAAUGUACCCAGUUAGUCCAAAGUUGGGUCUAGCACACCUUGGUGCAUCCACUUUCUUUGCCUCAGCUCACCCUAGUGAGUCAUGUGGCAGCAAUGGGUUGCCCCUCACACCAAAUUCAAUCAGAAUCUAUGGUCGAGCUCGAGCAUUACACCUUAUCAACCAUCCGCACUUGUGCUCCUAUGUGGAUAUUCAUAGGGGAAAACAUGAGAGAAUAAUGGUGAUACAAGAGUAUUAUCUACUGAACUUGAGGACUGCUGUGCAGAAAUACUCUGAGUUUAGGAGUUACCGAGGCCUGGCCAAGUUAGCUCAUCAGGUACUUCAAGGCCUCGUAUACCUUAACAACUUUGGAACUGUCAACUGUAAUUUAAGCCCAGAUAACAUCUUGAUAGAUCCAUGUGGUCGAACCAAACUGUACAACUAUGGUCUUCAUUAUAUGACAGAAGCAGCCACUGCUGUAUCCUUUCCUCUAGGGAGUAUCCAGUACACUGCACCAGAAAUCCUACUCCAGGGAGGAAGUCAAGAAGGAGGUGCUGGUGGUGCUACUGUGUCUGGUAAUCCAGCUUGGGAUGUUUGGUCCCUUGGCAUAAUUCUGACUGAGAUUAUUAUGGGAUGCUCGGUGUUUGGCAGGCACGAAAAAGUUGAACGAUUAGUUUCAGAGGUUUUAAGACUCUCUCUAGCAAGUGAUCCACUCCUUCAUUUGGCACAGACUCAUGACGCUGUAGAAAAGAUUAACAGGCUGCCAGAGGACAUGAGAGGAUUUCUGCAGUUGUGUCUGACAGUGGAUCCGGAGGACAGACCGGUGCCUCGUAACCUCCUCUCCCACUCGCUUUUCCAACCAUUUGUCAUGUCAGCCUCUCUCAUACCUGUUCCUCCCCACUUUCCAGUUAUUGAUCCUUCACUCUGUCUUAUAGAUUUUUCACAGUAUAAGGCCAAGCUGGGAUUGUUAGAAAGUGAAGGGGAUCACCUUACUGACUAUCCGCUUGUACCUGAUAAUGAUUCGGCUCAGCAGACGCAAACAGAUGAGAAACCAAGACUGAGAAAUGGAAGGAGAGACCAACUGUGUGAACGUCCUAUGAGGGAGGUGUAUCAUCUGUGGCAGCUGGCUGGUGGCAACGUAGAACAAGAACUGAAGAAACAAAAACUUGUCAGAAUCAAACCAGCCAUACUUACCCUACCAAGUGUGAUGGUGGUAGAGGGAGAGGUGUUUGGGGGAGGCAUCCACCGUCGUCAGCUGCUGGAAACGACCACAAUCAUCUUGCCACUACAUAAUCUGCGUAACAGACUAGCUCACAUUCCUCCUGAGAAGUAUUAUCCUCUCAUUACUCAAGGGGAAUGUGGUACAGAUGAACUGGAAACAAGUCAACUUCCACUAGUAAUACGAGAACGAGAUGUGGAGUACCAGUUUCACCGUCUGCUCAUAUUUGAAAGAUUACUCCAGUCAUACCCAUUCAAGGCAGAGAGUAUCCUGCGUGAAGCUAGAAAAGACACCCCUCCAUUUUACCGAGCACUGGUUUGGGCAUCACUUCUUGGGGUCGAUGGUCCUGUGGCACAGACUUACCAACAGAUUGACAAGGAAACGCCAACCCCAACAGACAGACAAAUUGAGGUUGAUAUUCCCAGAUGCCACCAGUAUGAUGAGUUACUGUCAUCACCACAAGGUCAUGCCAAAUUUACACGUGUUCUGAAAGCCUGGGUCGUCUCACAUGCUCAUUUAGUGUAUUGGCAAGGACUGGACUCCCUCUGUGCACCUUUCCUUUAUCUCAACUUCAACAAUGAAGCCUUGGCAUAUGCUUGUUUGUCUCAGUUUAUCGACAAAUACCUACACAAGUUCUUCUUGAGGGACAACAGUGCUGUGAUACAAGAAUACUUGGCAAAGUUUUCCCACAUGAUUGCCUUCCAUGACCCACAACUGUUUAACCAUCUGGAUAACAUUGGCUUCAUACCUGAGCUGUAUGCCAUUCCUUGGUUUCUCACAAUGUACACACAUGUGUUUCCACUCCAAAAGAUCUUCCUGUUAUGGGAUACCCUGCUUUUAGGCGAAGCAUCUCUGCCAUUAUGUAUAGGAGUGGCACUUUUACGACAGUUGAAAGAUAGACUUCUUCAAUUUGGCUUCAAUGAAUGUAUUCUUCUUUUUUCUGAUAUGCCAGACAUUGAUAUGGAACGAGUUGUCCGUGAAUCAGUUCAAGUGUUCUGCUCUACUCCCCCAUCUGUGACAUUUCGACAACAUGAACGACCCAGACCAGAUCCCAGCAAACUUAAUUCAUCUCCUCACCUUACUGAGGCUUGUCAAGAUUUGGUGAUGGAUGCAGUACCAGUGGUUGAACUUAAGAGAGAAAAAUGCCCUCGAGCUUGUGGUGCUGACUUACUAGAGCUUUUGGCACACAAGAGAAGUCGAAGUGGUCGAGCGAAAGUUUUAGUGGUAGAUAUCCGAUCACCUGAUGAAUUUGCCCGUGGAAUGUUAACAGAUGCAAUAAACUUGCCUGCAGAGUCCUCAAUAACAUCUGAAGGCUUGUUAAACCCCAGUUCCCAGACUGAUAUACUCAAUUCCUACCGUGGUAAAAUAAUUUGUGUUAUGGGAUCUCGCAACAACUGGGAGCAAGUAGUAAAGUUUGCAGAGACCCUCUUGGCUCAAGAGUUUCCAAGAGUUUGCACACUACAUCAAGGUGUGGAAGUUUUCCGUGCAUCAGGAGCUUUGGUUGUACGAUCAUGAGCUUCAUACCUUCCCUUUCAAUGUAAAGAUAUGUUGUAAAUAUAAUUGUGUACGUAAUUUGAAAUAAAUAGGAAUGACUGUACAUGUGUCAUUAUUGAA